AACACAGCUUUAGGACUAGGCACAAUGCCAAGUGCCAAAGCCAAGAACAAUGUAAAGAGAUGAUCUAGAUUAGAAACCCAAAUCUAAAUUAGAAAUAAACAGAUCUUGUUCUCAGAGACCAACGCCCAGUUUUGAAGAGAUCUCAAGGCACGGGCCCUAUUUUCAGUGUAUUUUGUGGAAUUGUUUAUAUUGGUGGUAUCAUGUCAUUCUGCAGCUGGGCAAAAGCAGAACAUUACCGGGAUCAUUUUGAUAGAGGGAUCUAUGUAUGUGCCAAGUGUGGACAUGAGCUAUUCAGCAGUGUGUCGAAAUAUGAGCACUCAUCCCCAUGGCCUGCAUUUACCCAAACCAUGAGAGAAGACAGUGUCCACAAGAUUCCAGAAUCACCAAAAGCAAUAAAGGUAAUAUGUGGAAACUGCAAAAAUGGACUUGGACAUGAAUUUCUUGCUGAUGGUCCAAAUGCAGGACAGUCAAGGUUUUGAAUCUUCAGCUCAGCACUGAAAUUUGUUCCGAAAGGGGAGCUCCAAAAUUGAGUGCUAUAGAACACCAGAUGACUUUCGACCAGGAUCUAUGACGUGCUGUGGCCCAACCCACCCAUGGAAAGCCUCAGCAUAGAAGCUUCUCCUGGAUUCAGAGUCAUCAAACAUCGACUAUAUAAAUUAGAAACUAGCCUUGCUUAAAAUGUUUGUGGCUUUUGGUUUUUGUCUUCUGUGUAAAAAGCCCAACAGAUCUGUAUCUCCCAUUCAGGUCAUACUUUUAAAAGUCACCAAAAUGUGCUAUAGGAGAAGUAGUAAUGGUCUUAAUCUUAGGCAUAAAAGCACCCCACUUGAGGAAAAGGAAAGGGACUGCUGUCUGCGGUGAAUUUGUGAUCGUUACAAGCUGCCUUCUUUUGUUUACUUUUCACUCUUUACCAAGCAAUCUAGGAAGGCCUAUACUAUUAAAUUAAUAUUGUAAUGAACCUAAGGGUGGAGAUUUCAAGCUCUUUGUUUUGAUAAUUACAUACAGUAUAACACGGAUGGCUCGAAUUCAUCGGGACCGGCCUUGGUAGUUUGAGGGAUCCAUAGUUCGAGGGACAUCUUACAAAGAUAAAAAAGAAGAAAAAA